AUGACCUGCUCAGAACCACCUGAGAAAAAGUGUCGCUGGCCGAAACAUCUUGCUGAACUAGUGUAUGCUUAUAAUGUGACACCACACUCCUCAAAUGGUUAUUCUCCCUAUUACAUGUUGUUUGGAGUUCACCCCCAUCUCCCUGUUGGUGCUCUGCUUGGAAAAGAGGAGACAAAAGAGGAGAGCACCGACUGGCUCAGAGCCCACAGAGAGCGACUCCAGAGCUCACAUGAGAGAGCCAGAGAGUUUGCUGAGAGAAAAGCAGCAGAAAGAAUGGCCCACCAGAAUGCAAAAGUGUACUGUUCGCCUGUUGAAAUAGAGCAGUUUGUGUAUCUGCGCCUUCAUCCCAUUGGCAGAAAUAAGAUCCAAGAUGCGUGGUCAUCCAAAGUGUACAAAGUCAUUGAUGUGCAAGGAACAACACACACCAUGGUUCCAGUGAACGGAGGUUCCCUAAAAAGAAUUCAUAGGUCCAACUUGCGUGCUUGUGUAGGGCCUAUACCACUCCCAAGGCAAGACUGUCAAACAGUUCCCGUUAUUCAUGAGCCAGAAGCUGAUCUUGACGCAGAAAGUGAAUCCACGGACUCAGAACCAGAAUACUUGAUGGUGGAACAUAUUGAUGAACCUGUUGGUCCAAGAAUGGAGGAUAUGGAAAGUCAUCUGGAGGAUGAGAAUAGAAGUGAAACUGAAAGUGAACAAAUGUUUGACAUGAGUAACAGGCCCGGUGAAGACUCAGUCCCUAACUCAGAACCAAAGGUGGAAAGAGUAGGGGUGUCUGAGGAGCAAACUGCAGAGCAAAAAACCAUUGAUCAAUCACUCGGGUUCUUUGAAGAUGUUAAAUUCUGUUCCUCACACUGGUCUCUGGUGCUGUUUGUUGCUCUGUGGAGCCUCGGCUGUCCAGGAUUGCUUAAUGCCUGGCCAGGGAUCUCUCAAAGCAAGACCAAAGAUCAGCUGGAUCCUAACAUAAGAGACUGGGGAGACUACUCAGACCUUCCUUCAGCAGUAGAGCGUGGACACAGGUUGGAUGAAGACAGAGAGAAGGAACAAAACAGCAGAGCUGUAAAGGCAUCGUCAAACCUGGCUCCAGACCUGGAUUUUCUGUCAGAUUUUGCAGGUAAAAAACGACUUUGGGUGAUUACAGCGCCAUCACACAAUGAUCACUACCUACGUAUGAUGGAGAAACAGCUGGAAGACGUGGAACAGGAAGGACUAAAUUGCCGCCUAGCAGAAAGGGACACCUUCAUUGUCACCAUCAUUCAGAACGCCAUGAUGGAAGGACGGAUCCACAAGACAACUUUCCAAGGGGAAGCUACAGGGACUCUUGAUCCCGACACUGUUACCAAACUGCUACAUUACCUGGAUCUUACCAUCCAGGACCAGACCUUCACCAUGCUAGCUAAGAAGAACCUACGGGUCAGUGAGCGCUUCCCUUAUCCUGUCCGUGUGGAGGCAAUUUUUGAACUAAUAUCAUUACCCAUGAGGAAACUGGAGAAGAUGACAAGAAAAGGAUCCCAUCUGAGGUGUAAAACCCCCAAAAGGAAGGUUGUGGUGAAAAGAAAAAAAAUGCAGAAGAAGAUGGUCUUGAGCCCUCACAGACAAGAAAAUGUGACUUCUGUGUUGGCAUUCCGAAAAAAACCCGGCCUGGACAGAAAAGCUGCUCUAAAGAGUAAGAUCCAGGACAUCCUGAACGGACGAUCGAGAUUAGUUAUUCGUAAGACCCCUGCUGGGGGUUCUCUGAAAGGAAAGGACUCAAGCAGUGGUGGGAUUAUAUCCAACACACGAGUGAAGAAGACAAACAGUCGCCUGGAAGGAGCAUCUGUAGUCAUUAAAGAAGUGAAGAAUACCAGACCUGAGUCCUUUGUGGAAGGAGAAAAGAAAAUAUAUGAUGUAGAGAACAGUGAGAAUAAAAAAGAUGAGAAUGUAAAGGAUGACACACUGAAAAAACAGAGCGCCAAGAAAAAGGGCAAAGGGAAGAAAGGAAAGAAAGGCAAAGGAAGAGGCCAAAAGUCCAACAGAGAAGCGAGUGAGACGGAUAAAGCAGCUCUGAAGGAGUUUGUAGAGACGUUAAAGGGGAACAGAAGGCUGAUGUUGAUCUCCUCACCGAGCAGUGAUACAACACUGUACAUCCAGCAGAAGGAGGAGAACGAGAAACAACGCUGUAACCUUGCUAUCAGGAAGGUCACCGUGGCGACCAUUGUGGGUGAACGUAAUGACGUUACGCUCAGCUUGCAGCAUUACCAGUUAGAGCCAGAGUCCACACUCCAUGACCUCCCAGAUCAGAUCACAGAUUCAGGCCUGAUCUCACUGCUGAGAUCAGAACUCGGCAUGUCGUCUUCUGACCUCUUUUCUAUGACCGUCACGGAUUACGACAUCAAGCCCAAUAGAGUCUUUGAGGCACCUCCAUCUAGCUCUGCUCUGUUUGAGUACAUCGACAACUUUGUCUCAAGACGGCCAGAGAAAGAAAAAGAAAGGGAGAGUCCUCCAUCCUGCAAUAAGGACAAGCAGCAGACAGGAACAGACAAUUCAUUACUCAGGUUCAUGGCUAAGAGGAGACUUCUACUCCUCUCAGCUCCCUCUGAAGAGGACUACUCUUUCCAGCAGCAGCUCUUGGCUCUCAGGGGACAGGAGUGUCAUCUGGGCAUUCGUCAUUUUGCCAUGUUGAAGCUGAUCGGUUCGGGUGAAGAAGCCUCAGGAACGGUUGUGCUUUUUCCACUCAAUGGUCAUAGUCAGAGUGAGCUCGAGUCUUUAUCCCGUGACUCGGUCAACAGUCUGAGAGAACAACUAAAGAUCAGUAAGGACUAUUUCAGUAUGCUUGUUGUGGGCAAGGACAGUGAUGUCAAGGCAUGGUUUCCUUCACCCAUGUGGUCUUUGGACAACAUCUAUGACCUGGUGGACUCCAUGGAGCUUCGCCUGGAGGAGGAGAAGCUGCAGAGGAAACUGGGGAUCCAAUGCCCUGAGGACAGAGGAAGAGGAGGUGCCGAGGGAGAGCUUCAGCAUGGGUAUGAUGAAGACAGAGAGGAGGAGAGGUACUUGUAUCACCAGUCAGAGGACUGAUGGUGAGGAACAAGGAAGAAGAAAGAGUGGAGUGAAGAGCUACCUAAAUUCUCAAAAGGAGAUAUUAACCCCAAUGAUAUAAUGGAUAUGUUGUGUUUGUAAGCAAUAAAUUUAAACAGUGGUGUU